AUGCGCUCUCUCUAUUAUUAUCUCCUGCUCAGUCUUUCCCUCCUAGGAGUCUACGCCGGUAUCUUGGAGGAGCACGGGUACACAGUUGAGGAGGACCAGAAUGGGCUAUACUUUGUCACCACUCCUCACUACUUGGGGGGUAACGCUCCGCUGGAUAAGGUCAGAAUCAACGUGGAAAAGAAGACCAUGACCGUCUAUUUGGCCUACAAUGGCAAGGAAGAGGAACACGAGGGCAAGUUGUACAUGUCCCAAGUACUCGCGGCUCUUUGCGACAAGAAAGGAAUCAAUCCCGACGACUUGUGGUGGGUCGUUAUUGAAGAAGUCGACAAGAACGUCGCUACAAAGACAGCCAUGACCCAGUACCGCACCAAGUACGGCCUGCGUUUCAAAGACGAAAUCAGAGUCACACCCGAUCAGAAAGCGGACUGGGCCAUCUUCAACCAAACUCCUUUCUACCGAGCCGUAGACCGCAUACUUCCCCGCAAGAGCAUUGACCAGAUCAUUAUCGAGAGGGAGGACGGUCAGACAAAUAUGUAUCUCUCAGUUGAGUGA